AUGGAAUGCAUUGCAACAGAUAAGGAAUACGGAAAAUUUGAUUAUUGUUAUCUUAAGUCUAUGAAUCGUACCUACAAAUCUGCUAGUGUUUUGUUAUUAUUUCAGAUCGCAUUAACAGUCGAGAAACGCUUGAAUGGGUAUAAACCAUUUCUGUACAACAUUUCCGUGGCUUUCUGCCGCUACAUAAGAAAUCCCAAUCCAGGAAAUAAGGUAGCAAAUUUCUUCUACAGUCUUAUUAAACCAUAUACUAAUAUUAACCAUUCUUGCCCGUUCACUGGCGAGAUAAUUGUGGAUAAGGUGCCAAUCAGUUUUCUGAACUACAAAUUAACGGAACUUCUACCCUUCCCUGAGGGAGACUAUCGCAUUACUGCUAAAAUGAUUGUUAAUGCAAUUAAAAGAACAAAGAUCAUGAUUUAUUUUAAGUUAUUCUAGUCUAUUGCAAUAUUUUC